AGGCUAUAGGAACGUGCUAUGCGAUGAAGUUCAUUUUUAAGAGUGUACCAUCAGCCUAAAUGGUAUCGCUUUCUACCCUGUUUUGGUGCAAGCGGGAGGCGCACUCCUUUUUGUGAUGCCGGUUAGACUAGUAUCACAAAAAUGCGUAUCCUACCGUUUCUGCGCUUUCUGUUUGUGAUGACGCCAUCAUUCUCUGUUUGUCAUCUAGCCAAUGAAGGCUGAUAAACCACGAGCCCAUUUCUCUUCCUCGUCAUGCGCGCGCUCUUGUAGAACCGAUCUACGCUGCUGUUCAAGGUCUUUCCGAUGGAUUUUGAAGGACGUGAGAUGCAAGCACUGAAUGCAUUCGAAGAAGGCCAACAGGACCACAUGUUCCUCCUCUCGGGGUGGUAUGAUAUUACCACCCUUCUCGUUGAUCUUAUGCUCAACAGGCCGCAAGAUGCAGACCUUCUCCGUGGUCUCAUAUACGACGUGGACAUCGUUAACGUCGUCGACAAGCUGUCCACCUCCCAGCCGACCGUUUUCUGGCUGGUGUCGUUGAGCAGCGUGUACCUGGUGGGUUGCGUUGCCGGAGCACCUGCCUACUUCUACCUUCGUAGCGACAGCAAAUGCGGAGGGGAAAGAACGCAGGACCUAACCGACUCUUAUCGCUGCGUGCUGCAGGUGUUCACCCUUGGAUACAUCGUCUCUUUCGCCCUGCUCUUCAUGCACAUUCUCAUCAUGAUCUGCACUAUGCACUACAUAAGGCCCCUGGUGACCGGGCCGACGAAGGCUGGUCUCUUCUCCAACUUGGAAGACCUGGGAAUAUUCGCCAACAACAUAAGCCAGGCCCUCACCAAAGAAUGCGAUGUCAAGUUCCAGACCCUGUCUGAUUUUCAGAUCGUUGCUACAAGUACCCGCAAAGGCGGUUUGGCAGAUGCCUUGUACAACUUUCUCCUCCCCAUAAUGCAACAGCACACUAGGCGCACCUUCUCGCACCUGCACGAAUACGCCGAACUGGCCCUCGCCCAUGACACUGUGUUUGGGAUGAUGCAAGCACAACGACAGAGCAAGGCAGAGGCACAGCAGAAAUUCGUCAGGUUCGUCGCCGACAGUGUGGCAUCCAGCUAUGAUGGACGGAUAAGAUAUAUCGUCAACAGCAUCCCCAGUAUUGUGAACAACACGAGCGUCCUGAGAGUGGCCAUCAUCAAGGACUCCUUGCAGUACAAGAGUUCCUUGGAUAAGUUCGUGUCCCACGUCGUCAGAGACAGUACGUCCAGUGUCACGUCCGUUUUUACUAGAUUCGUGUAUUUAUCCUCGACGGCAGUGAUGAUGGCGAUAAUACUGGCCCUGCUAUACAUGUGUGCCUUUACGGCGGGAAUUGUGAACCACGACGCUCGCCUGGCCCCAACAAAGCGAAGCCACAGGUCCGACAACGCGGGUCUCGUUCUGCUCAUAAGCAUCGGGAUAACAGCGGUGUUCAACGUGUUCAUCGUUGGGUAUGCCAUGGUGGCUAUGGUCAUUGGCUCCACCAGCUACGCCUACCUGUGCGGCCCAACAUCCAUCCUGACCAUCGAUCCACUCGACUCCACAUCGCAGGCCAUACUAGAUCAGGUGUGGGACGUAGUCUGGCCCAAAGACACCCGAGGGGUACUCUUCAGGGAACUAUCCCCUGGAACGGCCUUUGCGUUAUGUCAAGGAUCCGGGCGAUAUAUGCAGAUCGCACCGGAGAACGUCAAGAAAGAACUCUAUGCCUUGAGGGACAGCACGGCGGAAGUGAUAGCGAAGCUUAGCGGCAUCACGGUCGACGUCGAUGCCCUACUGAAUAUCUCGACCAAUGCCAAACGGAAACUGGGCAUUCCCGCGACAACAUACGACGACUUUUCCAAUGUCAUGAAGGUCAAGUUGAUAUCGCUUAUAUCGGACUGGGCAGAAUUUUCUUUGGGGUCCCUCCAUUCAGGUCCUGCUGAUGAAGAUAAGGUGAACUUGCCCUGCGAGCCAGUAUUCCGUGUCUACCGUCAGGCGUUCGGCUCUUUCUGCGGCCUGACUCUCAAGAAUUUUAACGCCUGGUGGCUCGCCAUGUACUUCUGCGUUGUCCUGCUUUCGGGCUUAGUAAUACUCUCUCACUACACGACAAAGUAUUUCCUCAAAAUGGUCAACUAUACCCAAGACGGUUCGGAAGUAGAAUCCUCGUCCGCUGUGGUACAAAUAACGGAUACGACACCGUCAACAACUGGGACGUCGACGUCUGAUGUGUAAGUACUGAGACGGCAUUAUACAGCUGCAGUUCUUUGACUCAAUAUCUUACUUGAAUGAGUGCAGGAAGAUGAAGGAGGCGAACAUCGACGAUUCAUUUCAUGAUCACGUGAGGCCGGAACACCCGGGGGUGCAAUCGCCUCCGAGAAUCUUAGGGCCGCAGAGGACGACUGAACGUGGCUUCAAAUUGUAAAUGAUGUCCAACAUUCAUGAUAACGGGUCCAAUCACCCGUAUGAUUUAGGUAAUUGCUUUCGUUGGACAUGUGAACUUGAAAAGUAAAAACAAUAUCCUGUUCAUCGUUGUCCGGAGAACUUGUUUUAUAGAUUCUAACAAUAUGCCCCGAGGAAUCUACGCAUUUAAAGUGCCACUACGGACUAAAAUAAUAUUUAUUUUAAUUCUUAUUACAAAUCAACUCAUUAUAAUCAAUUACAAAUCAAUCAUAAAUGAAAUAAUCAUAAAUCGCCCAGAGACUCGGCAUACAAAAUAUAAUUGCCGUCCGGUGAACAUUACGAGCUUCCACGAAUUUUCAAAAGAAGCCGCAAAAGUCUCAAUACUCCCAAAAUUUCAUAGACUAGGUGACUUCAUCGAGCGUUGGCGCGUCUGUCCUUGCAGCAGCGCGAGCUUCUCCGCUCUUCACUCAACGUUGGAAGUCUGUCAGCACCUGUGGUGAGGAGACAGAAAUCGACCUUGGAGGAGCUCAAGGAAUGCUGUGACCCACCCUAUGACGUCAUAAAUCUCAAAAUUAUAAAUUAAUUUUAUGCAGCUUCUUUUUCUUUUUCUUUUUCUUUUUUUCAAGUACUGCUUUAUCUGUGUCAUUUGCACCGCGAAUGUGCUGUAGGUAAUUUCGUUUCAACAUUCGUUUGGGUUCCACGAGAAUCGCCGUUGUAAAGAUUUCUACUACGUUGAGGUCCUCGUUUGUAAUACGUCGACGUCGCACAACUAUACUACCGCGCGCCAUGUCACAAACCAGUCAGUUCUAUCGGCAACGCCCUAUAGAAGCCACUGGUUGAGAAGCUCCCAGCGGCCCUUCGGGACAUCCCAUCGUCGUCGAUCAGGACUCAUGUUGAGAAAGCGCCAUCUCUACAUUUGGUGGCCCGGACAACGAACAGGUAGUCCGGUAGACAAUUCUGUCAUAUGCCUCGUGAGAGUUUGAACAGGUCAGAUAUUGAGUCAACCUCCUUGGUAGCGCUAAAAUACACGGACGACACAAGACGAACGGUACACGGUCUUGUGUUUAGCGCUACCAAGGAAGUUGACAUGUACUACCAACACGCCCAAGAGAAAGUCUUAACCGAUAUAGAGAGCGGCCUGGAAGCGCACGGACCAUGGACCGCAGCUAGUAGGUCGUAAAAUGCAUGAAAAUGUCAUUUGUUUCCAAAUAUGAUGCAUGUGCGUUGUUGACGUUGCCAAUUGUGACUGCGCCGUAGCAUAGUGGCGAGACAGCAGUGUGAUAUCUUUUGCAAUCAUUGAUGCUAUUUCACGUAAACUAUACAUCCAGCUUCCUCUUGAUCUCCAAUCCCCGUAAGCUUCUUGAACGCUUAUGUGGAGGUGGGGAUUACCAAAGCUGACUCAUGAUCUCCGAUCCUUCCUGAAGGAUGUGUGCUUCUACCAGAGGCGGCUAAGAAGCUUGGGUAAAAAGAAAGCUUCUAUGGAAGACCUCACAGAGGUGGGCAAUGUGCGUCCUGGGCGGACUUCCAAGGGAACGGCGCCGACAUAUGUCUGACAGAGGCUGAGGAAAACCAAGGAAAAAAACGACAGCACGGCCAGCACCGGGAUUCGAACCCGGGUACCUCCCAGUCUCGACGUGACAUGGUCAGCGUACGUUAACCAGUCAGCCACGCGAGCUGGUAACAUGCGAAUAGUUGUAGGUGAAAUAACACUGCGUCUGGCCAAUCAGACCUCUUCUUCCCAGUUCUUUGCUGCCUCCGACGCUCGUGCGCAACGACUAUAAAGCGAGAUUAAUAAAGCCUACUGCGGGGUCACUUAACGAUUAAAGGGUCCAUCCAACGGUU